UCACGUGAUCGUAGCCACUCGGUAAAGAAAUAGCGAAAGAUGGCGGCGGCGCCUUCAGAUGAGACCAGCCUACAGUCUCUCAUCAACAAGACCACCAAUCCUCUGAAUAAGGAGACAGACUGGGACAGCAUCAAGGAGUUCUGUGAUCAGCUCGACCAUGAAUCGGAUGGGCCUCAGCUUGCAACCAGACUCCUGGCCCACAAAAUCCAGUCUCCUCAGGAGUGGGAGGCAAUGCAAGCGCUGACGGUUCUGGAGACGUGCAUUCAGAACUGUGGGAAGAGGUUUCACGACGAAGUGGGAAAAUUUCGCUUUAUUAACGAGCUUAUCAAGGUGGUCUCACCUAAGUAUUUAGGAAGCCGGGCUCCUGAGGCCGUGAAGAAGAAGAUUUUUGAAAUGAUGUACAGCUGGACUGUGAGAUAUCCCCAUGAGACCAAGAUAGCCGAAGCUUAUCAGAUGCUGAAAAAACAGGGCAUUGUGAAGCAAGAUCCCGUGCUUCCCGGUGAGAAGCCGCUGCCUCCCCCUCCACCCAGAACCAAAAGUGCCAUCUUUGAGGACGAGGAGAAAUCCAAGACGCUGUCCCGCUUAUUGAAGAGCUCCCACCCUGAUGAUUUAAGAGCAGCAAACAAGCUCAUUAAGGAAAUGGUUCAGGAGGAUCAGAAACGAGUGGAGAAAGUGUCGAAGCGAGUGAACGCCAUCCAGGAGGUGAAGGAGAGCGUCAGCCUGCUGAGCCAGCUGCUGGAGGGAUAUAGAGCGGAGAGCUGCUCCCAGAGCAACCAGGAGCUCAUCAAGGAUCUUUACCAGCGCUGUGAAAAGAUGAGGCCUACUCUGUUCAGAUUAGCGAGCGAUACUGAAGACAACGAUGAAGCUUUAGCGGACAUCCUGCAGGCCAACGACAGCUUGACGCAGGUCAUCAACCUGUACAGGCAGCUGGUGAAGGGCGAGGAGGUGACGAAAGAUGGGAUUGCUGGAUCCUCACAACCAGACUCAUCAUCCAGCAGCAGUUCAGCUCUUCUGGACCUGGAAGGACUCAGUGUUUCAGCCAAGGCCGAACUGCCCAACUCAAACUUUUCCGUCCCACAGGCUCAGAACGUGGGAUUGACCCUUUUAGACGAUGAACUCAUGUCUCUUGGAUUGAAUGCAWCAGAAAACUGUGACUCCAGCGUCUCCUCUCAGAUACUAAAUGUUGCAGAGCCUUCGACGUUACGGCCAGCUGUGGUCCAAACGUCCCACACUCCACCAGCAGGUGCCUCCGCCYCUCCGCCUAAAGCCAUGGAAGAGCUGGAGCUGCUGGGGAAAACGCUGCUACAACAGUCUCUACCUCCAGAAAGCCAGCAGGUGAAAUGGGAUAAACUCCAGCCUCAGUCUAAAGUUCCUUUGCGAGAUCUUCAAUUAAAAUCUGGCACCAGUUCUGGACCCGCUCCUGCUCCUGAGCCRACGCCCAGCCUCCAUUCAGAUCCGCCCGCCACCCUCCUUUUCUCCAGUCUUAGCGUCGCAGAGAAAAGCUCGUGUGAUUCUUGCGACAGCCUCUCGCUGACGGACGUCACCGUCCCUCUGGAAUCCAUCAAACCCAGCAGCUUGUUACCGGUGACUGUCUUUGACAAACACAGUCUCAGAGUUUUGUUCACCUUCACACACAACUGUCCUCCAUCCAGACCUGAUGUUCUGGUGGUGAUCAUCUCCAUGCUGUCCUCGGCCCCCAUCCCCGUCACCAGCAUCCGCUUCCAGGCAGCUGUGCCCAAAGUAGGUGAUGAAGGUGAAGCUGCAGCCUCCUUCCUGCACCGAGCUCCCAGCCUUCAACCCCAUCCUGCCUCCAGCUGCCGUCACUCAGAUUCUACUGUUGGCCAACCCUCACAAGGAAAAAGUGCGUUUGCGCUACAAACUGACUUUCAAGCUGGGCAACAAAUGUUACGAUGAGUCCGGCGACGUCGACGAGUUCCCCCCUCCGGACUCUUGGGGGAACCUUUAGUGGAGAUCGACGAGUCGCCUGUCUUCUGGUCUCCGAGUCGUCCUUCAGRGCCGAUUAAGGCCUGACGACUUGAUGAAGUGACGGACAUGAGAGCAGCUGUGGAAAAACCCCGUUUACCUGGUGCCUUCUUUGUCCAUCGUGUCAUUGUUGCUGAGUUGAGUAUCUUUUCUUUUCUCCAACAGUUCCUUUAAAUAUGAACUCAAACAUCAGAAACCUUUGAGGGAACACGUGAACCUUUAGAAACUGAAACUCAUAUAUCUUUGAGCGAGUCCCACGUUGUGUGAAUUAACAGCUGGUGUUGGAGUAUUUUUCUGCACAUUACAGUACAUCUAAAUAAAUCCCAUCACACAUGUUAUUUUACUUUAUACAGUUAAACUUCCUGUCAAGCUGUUCAUAGAUUUACACACUGACUUUUAUCUAUAAAUAGUUGAGAAAUAAAGAGUAAUAAAGAGUAAUAAAUAAAAACUCCUGUUUAACUCCUCUACACAUAAAUCUGUUCUGGUUUUGAAGAACUGAUCUGAUUGGUUGUAAUCAAAGUAUUUUGGAAGCACAAAUAAAGAAGUUAUUUAAUGUUUGUGUUUUUCCACAGCGGAUGGUUUGUUUUGUCCAGAAAAGUACAGAUUUGAGGUUUUGUUUUAUUCAGUCGACGUGCUGAAUACCAGAAAAUGUUUCAUUUUUUAUAUAUUUGUUUGUCCCCACCCUGUGAAGCAUUUGAUCUUUCUUUCCCUUUGAUUUCUGCACUUUUAAGAGACUUUUUGUUUCACUCAGGAUUUUCUUUUCACAAUUUAAACUCUUAUGCACUAAAUUUGUUUUUGCACAAAUAAUCAUUCCCUUUCAGUCACUGAGUUUCUUGUCUUUUUACCACUGAUUAACCCAAAGAGGGACUCGUGAGGUCCUAAGUUCACGUCACACCUGGUCUGAUCCUGCCACAUGUGCCUGAGGUUCCAGUUUUUGUUCUGCUCUGUACAUAAAUGAUUUGUUUUCAUGUUUGUGUUCUUGUCUGAAAGGACUUUGUCAAUUAAAUGACAUCAGAUGCUGUUAAAUAAUCUUUAUAAUAUCCACAGAUGUAACUAUGAACACCUCUGAGAAGAUUAAAAUAAAAGUAUAUUGGAGAAGGAUGGCCUUUGCUUGAAGGUGGAAAUAACUUGUUAAACUGCAGAAAUGAGUUUUGAGUAUUAAAAUGUUGACAGCUCAUUAUCAAACAGAUUAAACAAGAACUUUUGUUUUUCUGCUAGAAACUCA